UUUCAGCUCUCUCGUGUUUUUCACAAUGCUUUUACCUUUGCUUCAAAGACGAGAAUACGUCAUAAUUUACAUAAAACGUAGACAUGAUGACUUCUCAGUUAGUAAUGCAUUUCCGUAUAAUAAUAGUCUACAUUUCUACUACACACAUCCAACAUACAGGUAAGAGCUGUAGAAAAAACAAUCUGAAUAAUUAUGAGCAUUUACGAGUUGUCUGUAAUUUCUCACACUUCCUCUGAGGUUUUAUUUAGUCUAAGACAGGCUGGAUUAAGAGGACAGAGGGGGCAUGUUGUUUGGGUGUUAUGGAAGCUCUGCAGUCAGGUUUUAAGUCUUGCCUGGGGACUCCACGGGGAAUAAACGUCAAUUUUAGCCACUAACACGGUGAUGCAUUAGUUUUGUGCGUUUCUGGAGAUGAACUUCAACUGGUUGCCUUGGGCAAAUGAGGAGGAACGGAUUUAUCUUCCCCGCGGUCCACGUCAGCAAAAUAUUCCAAGAGCAGCAGGAUGCUGCGAGGGCUGGUGUGCGGCCGGCUUCGGCCACCUUGGAUGUGGAAAGCUCUGCUGCUCUUCGUGGCCAUCGCUUUCGCUGGACAACUGCUGGGAAUUAUCUUCAGCAAAAGCAGCGUCCAACCGGCCGCUCGCUCUAUCUUCUCGUCCCCUGACGCCCAGGGUCCGUCCCUGGGACCGUGUCGGCCCCACACCCACAUCAUGUUCCUCAAGACCCACAAGACGGCCAGCAGCACUGUGCUCAACAUGCUCUACCGUUUCGGGGAGGAGCACGGCCUCCGCUUCGCCCUACCGCUGGGCUACCAGCUGGGCUACCCGCUGCCCUUCAGUGCCCACAGGGUCAAGGGCUACCGGGGCCCUCGAGUUGUCGAGUUCCACAUCAUGGGCAAUCACAUGAGAUUUAAUAAAGCUGAGGUGGAGAAGGUGAUGCCUGCGGACACCUUCUACUUCUCCAUCAUCAGGGACCCCGUCGCUCUGACCGAGUCUUCCUUCGCUUAUUACAAAGAGGUGGCACCCGCGUUCCGGAAAGCUAAAGGCUUGGGCGACUUUGCGGACGAUCCCGGCAAGUACUACGACCCGCGCGCCCGCAACAACCACUACGCCCGCAACUUGCUGUGGUUCGACUUUGGCAUGGACCACAACGCCAACUUCUCGGCGGUUCUGGCGCGGCACGGCGAGGCCGUGGUGCGCCAGACCUUCAAGCUGGUCCUGGUGUCCGAGUUCUUCGACCAGUCUAUGAUCCUGCUGCGGCACGCCCUGUGCUGGCCUCUGGACGCCGUCGUGUCCUUCAGCCUCAACGCGCGGCAGCAAAAACCGGACGGCGGCGCCGGCGCCGCUUUAACCGACGGAUGGGUGGGCAAAGUUCGAGGCGGGCGCUUGCCCGCCAAAGCGCCACCCAAACUGUUCCUCACGGAGGAACAGCGGGAGAAGCUGCGCCAAUGGAACGCCUUGGACUGGCACUUGUAUCAAGCCUUCAACCGGACCUUCUGGCGGGAAGUGGCCGCGUUCGGCGCUGCCCGGAUGGAGCGGGAAGUGGCUCUCCUGCGGAGCCGGCGCGAGGCCCUCGCCGGGGCCUGCCUGCGGGACGGCGGGAAGCCCGUGGAGGCCCACCGCAUCCGAGACAAAACCAUCAGGCCCUUCCAGAGCGGCUUGGUGAAAAUUCUGGGCUACGAGCUGCAGCCGGGAUUGGACAACGGCACCAGGAUGGCCUGCCUGAGAAUGAUCCGCCCCGAGAUCCAGUACAAAGACACGCUGGACGCCAAACAGUUUCCGCGGGCGCAGUCGCCGCAAGCCCUGCCAGGGCUGCAAAGCCCAAAGUUAGCCUCUGAUAGGUCUUUUUUCAAACUAGACCAAUCCAGGACAGGGGAGAAGGGACGGGACCCAGGAGGGAGGACAGGGGAAGAGGGGCCGCGGGACUGGGACGGAAGUCACUUACUUAGCCGCAACCGCAACGAGUCCACCGCAAGGACAAGGAAGCGGCCAGCGGUUUAAGUGAACUCUCCUUGAACUAAAAGCUUUCAUCGUACUUCCACUUUCCAGCUUUUUUUUUUUUUUUGCUUCCGGACGCUUACGACGACUUCAAUGAAAGAGCCUACGGACGAGUGCAUUCGGGCCACUCACAAAAAAACAAAACAGAACAGAAAUGGCAAGUCCUGAGAAAAAGGUUAAUAAACUUGUAGUGCCACAGGAAAAAAAAAAGUAAUUUUGCGGGGAAAAAAUAAGAAAAGUCAACAGACAGAGAUAUAAUUUUAGACGAUUAAAGUCGCAGUAUUGCAUGAAAAGAUUCGUAAAGUUACCAGAAUUUUUUUUUGUAGUUUUAAGUAAAUUUGUAUUUUAUGCAAAUAAAAACAUGUUAUGAGUAAAAUAAGGUCAUAAAGUUACCAACUAUAUUCGAUAAAAUAUCUUAUUCGGUGCCAUUGUGACAGGGAUAAAAUUCUAAUAUUACAAGAUUAAAAAAAAAUAUAUUGCUUUGCAACAAUCAAAUCUUUGUGAGAAGUGGAAAGAUGCGAUAUUAACAGAAAACACUGCAGUGUUGCAGAAAUAAAAUCCUAGCGGCGCAAAUUUAUCAUUUUGCAAGACAAAUGUCACGGUUAGUACAGUAUCAACAAGUCAAUGUGAUUGGAACAUAGGUGGCCUAGUUGGAGAAAAAAAAGCCAGCGAUUGACGGAAAUAAUAUUACGAGACAAAAUUCAUCACACGCAAUUAUUUUGAUUUGGGAAAAUGUUGCAGCUUUCUCCCCAAAAUGGUCAACUUUUUCCGAGUCAUUUUUGGACUCUUUUCGUACCGGUGUAGGCCAGGUCGAUACUUUUGUUGGACUAAAAAGGUUCCGCUGUAUUCCCGUUACUGUCACCUUGGUGUAUUUAUACAUGUUUGAAAAGGUACUUGGAGUAUUAUCUUGAAAGGUACUUUGUGGAAUGAAGUAUUUCAUGUGUUGCACAAUAAUGGCUGCAAGACUGUAGCAGCCGUGAAGUAAGGCGAACGACUGGAACAUUUACAUCCUUUGUGGGAUUAUUUGAAGAAACUUGAUGCUUUUAUUUGGGAAAUUAUGACAACAAUAAGGCAGAUGAAGCAUUUUGUUCAGUUGCCCACUAAAUUCAUUUUUAGGAAUCCUAUCCAGAGAUGGAUACCAAAUUUCCUCAAAUAGCGGCCGCCUGGUUUUUAAACGCCGUGCCUCAAUUCAUGCCACGAACAAAUAAUCAGCACGUUUACUUAUUUAUAAAAGUAGACAUAUUUUAUUUUAUUGUUGAGUAUUUAUACAGUCUGAUGUUAAAUAUUCUAAAAUGCUUUGGUACGAAUGAAGGCCUUCUCUCCAAUAAGCACCCAGUACUCUGCACUAAAUAAACAUCCUUGGCCACUGUUUGAGGAAUACUUUUCCAGCAGAGAAGCCAGAUCAUGUGAUACUUGUCUCUUCUUUCUCUGUCUCUCUCUCUCUCUCUCUCACUCUCUGUCUCAACCGCUCUGUUUUUUUUUGUACCUCCGCAUGGUUUGCCGGACCCAACAAUGCGUCCAUUGAUAAUUUGUCACCGGACUCUGAAUUUUCAAGUUGACAAUAACUUCAGUGUUUAAGUCCAUGAAAUAAAAAGUCACAGACAC